AUGGACUGGGAUCGCAGAAGAUUUGAUGAACGAAGAGGUGGAGAAAGUUAUCGUCCAGCCGAGAGAAACGGUCGUUCCCCUUCUCGUGGGUAUGAUAUUCGUCACCGGCGUUCGCCACCACGAACCAGAAGCCCUCCUCGACCACGAGCCGACACUUGGGUACCUUCAUCAAAUAGAGGGUAUUGCCGCCCACGAAGUCGGUCACCACCACCAUACCGCCGCCGCUCACGUACUCCUCCGGGGAGGAACUUUGGUCCACCCCCCUACGAAAGACGACGAUCCCCUCCAAGGAGAUUCUCACCCAGAAGAGAUGAAAGGGUCCAAUCACCGCCCCAAAAAUGGCGCUCAAAAUCGCCAUACAGUGAUGGCAGAUCACGCAACGCAUCCCGUACCCGCAACAGCCCCAGAAGAAUGCGUGAUACAACCCCUGGCAGCCAAGUCUUCCGAUCCGCGAGACGAGACGGGCCUGCUAUCUUGAAUAUUGAUAAACCCCCCAGACCUUCCUCGCCGAGAAUACAGCCAGAAGUCUUGUUGCCACAGAGUCCAAUUCAUGCCUCGCAUCGAGGCCACCCUCGUGAUGCGGCGAAACGAGACCGGACUUUGUCGCCAUCGAGGCAUGUUUCACCUGCACAAGGCUUGGGCUCACAACCAGUCCUGGUAUCUCGACGUUCAUCGCCGACUAUGGAAAAGCCCGUUGUGGUUUCCUACAGAUCUCGUAGUCGGUCGCCGAUUCGCUCUCCGGUAACCUUACAACGUUCGUCGAAACCCUCAGGUCGAUCUCCGUACCCGGAUCAGACAUACGAUGCGGAGCCCUCUCACUCAAAACAACGGUCAGAUUACGAGGACCGAGUAUCGUCUGACAAUCAUUCGCCUUUUUCGAUUCCAGAGAGAGCACAUUUGGAACCUCAGACAAGCGGGACGAAGGUCGGUGGCAACGUCCCAACUCAACCGAAAAAUCACAAUGCAAGUACGCUUCCACUGCCGCCAUCAGGGCCUUAUCAGGGACCGAGGCCGCCAUCCAAUCAGCAUCGUGGUCCUUCACAUGUCUCUUUACUAUCAGCGCCAACGCGUCCUCGCCGCGGACCUGGCCCACGUGAAGCUUGGACGGGGUCUCCGCCGGUACGCCGCGGGCCUGUUGCACCUUCGCAAGGCCCACCAGCCGGUCCUCGCGCUUCUUUUUCAUCCCCCAUACCUGGUGGCAGUUACCGACAUCCACCUUCCCGGCAACCCAACACUCCAUUUGUCACUCAACCAUUGGCUCAGAGGGGGGUCAACCAUCUUGCGGGGCUAUGCACUAUCGUACCGGAAGGUCGGAGUCUUCCGUCGCUUCUAGAUCCUGCUGUGGAGAAGCGGUUGGCUCAGCUUGAUGCGGACAAAGAAAAACUCCUCGAGCAGAUUGCAGAGACGCAGAGGUCCAAGCGAGCGGAACUUCGGGACUGGGAUCGACUCGAUCGCGAAAGCUCAAUCUGCGCUCUUAAGAGCGAGCUAGCUGAAGGCCAUCUCCAGCGAAUGGCCGAUGAGAGUAUUGGGGGCGGAAACUUGUUCUAG